AUGAUGGAUGGCCAACCUAUGGUGAGCUACUCUACAGGAGCAAUAAACUCCCUUCUCGAUAAGCUCACCAAAGUGAAGAAGCAUCCCGAUAAAAUUCUAGAUUUACGGAGAGCCCUGGUGGCUCUUGAAUCGGAUUUUUUCGGCAAGCUUGCGAGGCGACGGGAGAUGAACUCGCAAGUCGAAGCGUGGGUGAAGCAUGUGAGCGAACUGGUCUUCGACAUGGAAGACUGGAUCGAACAGAAGGGACAUGAACAAUUGGAGAUUGAGGAGGAAAUGGAAAAUUUCCAGGCCCAGAUCAAGCACGCUCGUGAGCUCUGUGAAAGGUACAAUCUUGUUACUGAAGUUCGCACUGACUUCCAUGGUCCUGCUGUUGUACCAGGCCAAGUGACAAAAACUGAUUCGCGGCCACUUGUGGAGGACAAAUCUGGUAUCAUCGUCGAUGUCCCAAAUCCAAGAGAUGGGCUUCUCAAGCUUCUGAGAAGCGAGCAUGAGAAGAGGCUAAAGACUGUUUUCAUCGUCGGAAUGGAAGGCCUUGGCAAGACCACUCUUGCCAAGGAGAUAUAUGAAGAGCUUCAAGGGGAGUUCGAUUGCCGAGCUUUCGUUACUCUUGGCAGGAGGCCAUCCAUGAGGGGGACUCUAAUGGACAUACUUCGUCAAGUGAAGUCCUCGCAGAAGAAGAAUAAGGUAAAGCCGAAGACUAAUCCUAGGUAUGGCGGCGAAAAAUCUGACCAGGAUCUGGAAAACCUCGUCAGUAAGCUUUGGGACUACCUCGGCACCAAGAGGUAUUUCAUCUUAGUGGAUGGCGUAUGGAGCACACAGGCUUGGGGAAUCAUCAAUUGUGCUUUACCCAACAAAAACCAUGGAAGCAGGGUAUUAACAACAACUUGCAUUAGCGAUGUUGGCAAGUUUUGUUCUGUACGUCCCACUGAUGUCUAUUGGAUGGAGACACUAAGUGAUAAAAAGUCUGAAGUCGUAUAUGAGCAAGAAACAAAACGAGUUAAAGAAUGGCCAGCUGAAGUUGCCACAAAUAUGUUAAAUAUGUGUGGUGGCAUGCCAUUGGCUAUAAUUAUUGCAGCCGGCAUAUUAAGUACGAAAGAUGAAGAACUCCCGGAGCUCAACAUGUCUGUUGUUUCAUCACUAGAGCAAUAUUCCACGUCAAAAGGGAUGGCAAAGAUACUCCAGAUAAGUUAUGCUGCUCUAUCCAUGCCUUUGAAGUCGUGCUUGCUUUAUUUGAGUAUUUUUCGUGAAGAUUAUACCAUCAAGAAAGAUCGUCUGAUACACUUAUGGAUAGCGGAAGGACUUAUUCCUAUAAAAGAUAAAGAAAUAAAAUGUCAAGAAAUAAGAGAUGAAGAAACAAGAUGUGAAGAAGUGAUAGUUGACGGAGGAGAAAAAACAAGAGAAAAAAGGGGUGAAGAAAAGAGACGGGAAGAAACAAGUGGUGAAGAAAAAGGAGGUGAAGACACAGUUGAAGGAGGAAAAGGAGCAGGAGUUAAAGAAAAAAGAGGUGAAGAAAUAAUAUGUGAAGAGAAAAGCAGUGAGGAGAAAGGAGCUGAAGAAACAAGUGGCGGAAAAAUAAGAUGUGAAGAAGCAAUCAGUGAAGAAAAAGAUGGUAAAGGUGACGAAGAAAGCUUGUGGGAGACAGGGGAGAAGUACUUCAACGAGCUUAUCACGAGGAGACUCAUUCAGCCAGUGUUCGGCUACGAUGAUGACCAGGCAGUGGGUUGUACCGUUCACAGUGUGAUCCUUGAUUUCAUCAAGUCACUGUCGUGCAAUGGCAACUUUGUUACAUUCGGUGCAGAUCUCAAGUCCGGGCUGUUUCCAGGUAGCAAACAUACGGUUCGGCGAUUCUCGCUCGACUGCUAUGACGACCAAGACGAAGAUGGCACCUUGGCCUCGAUCGCAGUUCACCUAUCUAGAGUGCGAUCGGUCACUGUUUUGGGAGAUAUUCAAGGGAUUGCUGGCUUUUCGGCCCUCACAGUGUCUGGGGAAAUUCAAGGGACGUCAGUCCUUCCGUCUUUCAAACUUAUACGAGUACUGGAUCUGGAAGAUACUGCUCAUCUGAGAAAGCAUCAUCUUGAAGGCAUUGGCGGAUUGGUUCUCUUGAGAUACCUGGGACUUGCAGGGACUGACGUCGAUGAGUUACCAGAAGAAAUUGGGGAACUAGAGCAGUUGGAUACCCUAAAUUUGAGGCGGACAACAAAUCUGAACACUUUGCCUGCGUGUAUAGCUGAACAGAUAAGGUUGGCACAUCUGCUAAUUGAAGCUACUGUCAAACUGCCCAGCAAGAUCCUGGAAAUGCAGGGACUAGAAGAAGUAUCGACAAUAGGUGUCGGCAAUAGCAGCUCAAUCGGCUCAGUCGUACAGCUCCUGAAGAAGUCAGAGCGGCUGAGGGUUCUCGGCUUAAGAUUUGAUCGGUCACACCUAUCUGAUGAUGAGAACGCAAGAGCCCUAUUUGAGCAGGUUGCAAACUGUACUAAGCUUCGUUCCCUGUCUCUUGAUUGCCUUGAUAAUAAGUUGCUUGACUUACUGCUCCGGUUCCCUCCAUCUGAUGAGCUCCGAAGAUUUGAGCUGAAAGUCUCUGCUCCACUUCGCAGAGGACUGGCCCCUCUUGUCAGCGUUACCCACAUGGAUAUUGAGAUUGUUCGGUUAAACAACGAAGGUGUCCGUGUCCUGGGAGGCUUGCCUAAGCUAGUACUUCUCAAGUUAGUAUCUUCAGGUAUCAUCGAAUCUAAACUUAAAUUAAAACGUAUCAUCGAACCACAGUUAUUGAAGAAGAUCGUCCGUGUGACCAUGAGACUAGGAAAAAGGAUUCCAUUGACGAAGAAGAAGGGUAUAAACAGUAGGUGCACCGUCAGUGGGGAUGAUGGCUUUAAUUGUCUUAAGGUGUUCUCGUUCAAUUGCCUAUCUGGGGGGACGGAGCUGCGCUUCACAUCAGGAGCCAUGAAGAAGCUUGAAAGGCUAUCCCUCCAAUUCUCUGCACUGCAAACAAAGCCUCGGUAUGGAAACUUCAGUUUUGGCAUUCCGUGUCUCUCUUCUCUCACACAUGUCCAUGCCACGGUUAACUGCAAAUCUGCUAAAGCUAAGGUGGUGAGGGAUGCGGAGAAGGCAAUCAGAGAUCAAGUAGCUAUGUUGUCCUCGGUACAAACAGCAGUAUUCAGCACAAACAAUACUUCUUCCGGGACAAAGCAAACAAGGCAACUACUUCCCUAG